CUUCCUGUAUGUCUGACUUAAUUUCAGUAUUUUUAACAUUGUUUGCUCAAUAACAUUAAAACUGUGGCAUGAGAAACAGACACUACAGGCACUACAAUGCUUUAGGCCGCUCUUGGCGCUUAUUAGCCACCGCUAACCUGAAUGCUAGCUAACGGUCUACUACUGAGAAGGUACAAGUCGCACUUUUAAACAUUAGCACACCCUCUCUGAUUUGAGUUUAUCAAAAUGCAGUUUGUUUGGUACUGAUGUAUGAACAAAUUUAGCUGACGGAGUUUGAGCCUUUUCAGAGCUCCACAUGUGCAGUCAGACUUCGUGAAAAAGCUCAAAAUUCAAGAGACGAGGCCUUCAUAGAUGAUACAUUAUUGUCGCUAAGUGGGUAGCAAGUGCAUGUGAGAGUGGAAUCCCUCAGCACGAUCAUAUAUUCAGUAAUGAAUUCAAGUUUACGGCUCAGCACCAGUGGGUGUAAGUUUGGUUGCACCAGCAAAAUCAGAGACAAUAGCCCAAACUCUAGAGAGAGAGCCCUCCAAAUCCCACAGGCUUUCACUGUAAUGAUCUCAUGAGUGGUGUGUACUGCUCAGAGUCAGCACAUGUGGAGUGUUUCAAAACUGAGGCACAAGAAGAUCACGAACCAUCCACAGAAAAUGCAGAAGACGCCAACCACGACCCCCAGUUUGAGCCUAUAGUCUCACUUCCUGAGCAGGAUGUCAAAACUCUAGAAGAAGAUGAAGAGGAACUUUUCAAAAUGAGGGCAAAGCUGUACCGUUUUGCCAGUGAGAACGACCCCCCUGAGUGGAAGGAACGUGGGACGGGCGAUGUUAAACUCCUCCGACACAAAGAGAAAGGUUCUAUCCGCCUUCUCAUGAGAAGAGAUCGCACUCUCAAAAUCUGUGCCAACCACAACAUUAUGCCGUUGAUGGAACUGAAGCCCAAUGCAGGUAGUGACAGGGCCUGGGUGUGGACUACACAUGCUGACUUUGCAGAUGAACAACCCAAAGCAGAGCUGCUGGCAAUCAGAUUCCUCAAUGCAGAGAAUGCACAGAAGUUCAAGGUGAAGUUUGAUGAAUGCAAAGAAGAGGUCCGAAAGUCUCUAGAGGGUGAGAUAAAUAGUCCAAACAAAGUAGCAGAGAAGUUGGAGGAGCUCUCGGUGAAGGAUGACAAGACAAAAAGUUCAGAAGAGGUAAAGGAAGAGAAGAAAGAGGAGGUGAAGGAUGAAAAGAAAGGGGAGGAAAAGAAAUGAGCCCAGGAGUGUUGCGUCAUAUGGAUCCUCCACUUGCCGUUUUUCCCUUUUCUACAACAGACUCAAAUUAAAAUUGGACACUUUAUUCCUUUUUGGCCUCUUGACUUCACAAGACCUUGGUGCCACUCUUAAUGCGUCCAUUUCCUCUAUCAUCAAGCUGUUGUGAACACGUCUCCCAUUUGCAAACUCUCAUAUCGCCCUUCAUUUUCUCAUACAUUGUGGACCAUUUGUCAGCUAUCAUGUUUUGUGUAGUGACAAGGCUUGUGCUAUUGAUCGAUUCCCACAUUGGGUAACCUCUUGUUUUUUUUUUCUUUUGUACUUUAAAGAGUUAUAUUGAGAGUUUCUAGAUGAGCACUGUCUGAUGUGAGAGCAGGUUGUAUGAGUUGAUAGGGAGUGUGAGUAUCUGAGAUCUCUGACUUUUCUUUACAAUAAAGUCACAUGAGGAAACAUUUGACUUCUCUGUGGCUCUAAUAGACCUAUUCUUUGCAUAACACAUUUUCUGUGGAGGGGUAUAUCUGCUAAAAGUUUGUCAGCUUUGACAUCAAUAACUGAAGGAGUUUUCAACCUGCUUUGAGUGUGACCCUCUUCUGUUUAAAAUGGAAAUCCUGACAAUAAAAAAUGGUUGACUCGG